CAUCCCAUAAUCAGACGCAUCCUUUCCACUUUGUUCAUAUCAAAUCUCCACUCGCAAACAUGUCCGCCACCAAGGCCCAUCUAUCACCAAACAACAUCACGCAGCUAAAUGUGCUGCUUCAGCCAGCAAACCAUGCUCUCAUCACCAAGACAUCUGACCCAGACAAAUAUAAAUCAUGCAUCGCGCGAUGGUCCUCCGCUGCCAUAAAGGAGGCCGGUGCCGUUCUUGUGCCUGAGACUAUGGAAGCAGUCCAAAUUGCCGUCAAGUUUGCCUCCCAGAACAACAUUGAUCUUGCUGUCCGCGGCGGCGGCCACUCAACAUCGGCAUCCAGUUCCACCGAUGGCGGCCUACUCAUUGACUUGGGGCGAUCAUCCAAGUUCACCCAAGUCACUGUUGACCAGUCCAAGAAGCAUCUUCACGUAGGUGGCGGUGCGAUCUGGGGUCAAGUUGACGAUGCUGGCUUUGCUGCUGGCCUUGCAACAGUAGGCGGCACAGUUGCAGAUACGGGUGUAGGUGGACUCACUCUUGGCGGAGGCUAUGGCUUCUUAAGUGGUAAACUAGGUUUGACUAUUGACAACCUAGUGUCUGUCACAUUAGUCACGGCAAACGGAGAUUCCCUUACCGUGAACAAGGACGAGAAUGCAGAGUUGUUCUGGGCCCUGCGCGGUGCUGGCCACAACUUUGGCGUUGCCGUCGAGUUUGUUCUACAGGGUCAUGCUUAUGGUACAGGACCAGCAGAAGAGCGCGAAGCAGGCGGUGCGGAUGGAGGACAGGCAUAUGCGGGAAUGCUCAUAUUUUCCCCGGACAAGCUUGAUCCCGUCAUUACGCUCAUGAACAAGAUGUAUGGUGUUGGUGGAACAGUAGGAACAAGCGGCGCUGGUGGCUUUGCUUUUGCGCGUCCCCCGCCAAUGGGUGGUGCUGUGGUCAUCAUUUGUCCUGUGAUUUGGCAUGGUGAUGAAGCAUCUGGACGUGCAGCAUUCCAAGAGCUUAUUGAUCUCGGGCCUAUCGUUGAGGACGUCAAGAUGAUAGAUUACCCCGGUAUCAACAGACUCUUCCAGUUCGCGCCUCAGAUUCGCGCCAGCAUGAAGGGACUUACAUUUACUCUACCCAUGCGCAAUGAGUUUGCACAGCAAGUGUUGGCCUCGUAUACCAAAUUCACCGACUCGGUUCAGGAUGCCAGCGACAGUCUGGUCCUAUUUGAACUGUUCGAUCCGACUGUUGUCGACGCCAAGGCCACCAACACAGACAUGGCGUUUAGCAACCGCGGGCAUCACUUCAACGGUAUGGCUGGUUCUGUCUGGCAAAAGGAAGAAAAUGAUCAAACGUGUCGACUUUGGGGUCGCGAGGUGGCUGCUUUGUUCCAGCAGGAGCUGGAGCAGAACAGGGGAGCAGCGUCAACCACGGUGGUGCCCAACAACACUGAUGCAGUGAUGAUGUAUGGCAACUAUGAGCAAUCACACGACAGGGCUCGCUCCGUCUUUGGCGCCAACUAUGAACGCCUGCAGAAGCUCAAGGCGCAGUAUGAUCCAACCAAUGUGUUUAACAAGCAGUUUAGAAUUGAGCCGCAGGCCUAGUCAUUUGGACAUAAAGACAAAAGUCUCUCGGAAUGUUCUGGAUAUGGUCAAGCCACGCAACUUGGACAAGGCUGUAGAAAAGGGGAGCGCCAAAACAACGUACAAUGCAUGGUCUGCGCGAGGCUACACGCCUAUAUGUUAGUGGAAAAUCACUGUGAUGUGCAGCCCAAAAUACACCCAAAACAGAAAGUGGCCGUGGCUACGGAGUUGGGUCGAUGCUCAUGGGGGGUAGUAAAAUUAGUAUAAAUUCUGCUUAAACCCACAACAUUUAUUUUUAUUGUUUGAAGAGAUCAAUCUAUUCAGCUUUACU